GUUAGAAAAAAAAAGACUCCCAGUCCUGCAACUCCUGCAGCUCCAAAGGCAGUCUGGAUUUGCAGUCAGGGGACACUCAUCAUCAUCAUCAUCAUCAUCAUCAGUCAGCAGAGAGCAGCUCUCUCUCUCUCUCUGUAUAUCUCUCUAUCCCUCCCUCAGACACCCACAUCCCACAUUCACUCUGUCUCUCCCUCUCUCUGUCCGCGUGUCCUCUCUGCACAGGAGCAUCUCCUCUUCUUUUCCCUUCUUGACACACUGCAAUCAUGUCCGCAAACGGCGCCGACGGGGACCUGCUGCAGAUCCCUCUGGGGCUCAUCAACAGCGAGGGCAAGUAUCUGACGGCGGAGACUUUCGGCUUUAAAAUCAACGCUUCGGCCAGCAGCCUGAAGAAGAAGCAGACCUGGACCCUGGAGCAGACCGGGGAGGACGGCAGCGCCGUGUUCCUCCGCUCCCACCUGGGCCGCUACCUCGCCACGGACAAAGACGGCAACGUUACCGCGGACAGCGAGACGCGCGGCGGCCGGGACUGCCGCUUCGUCAUCACCGCGCACGAGGACGGGCGGUGGUCUCUGCAGUCCGAGCCCUAUGGCCGGUACCUGAGCGGCAGCGAGGACCGGAUCACUUGCUUUGCGCAAACCGACACACCGACAGAGAGAUGGAGUGUGCAUCUGGCUGUGCACCCGCAGGUCAACCUGUACAGCUUUGCGCGCAAACGCUUCGCCCACCUGAGUGCGCACGACGAGGUGUCAAUAGACCGGGAUGUCCCCUGGGGGGUGGACUCCCUUGUGACACUGGUUUACCGUGACCAGCGCUACCACCUCGAGACUUCUGACAACCGCUUCCUCCGCAAUGAUGGCAGCCUGUCCACGAAAACGGACAAGGACACCGGCUUUAUGCUGGAGUUCCGCUCCGGAAAAGUGGCAUUCCGUGACUGCAACGGCCGCUACCUGGCCCCCACGGGCCCAACUGGCACUAUGAAGUCUGGGAGGAGCACCAAGGUGGGCAAGGAUGAACUGUUUGGCCUGGAGCGCAGCCACGCGCAGGUCGUGCUGACUGCAGGCAACGAGAGAAACGUCUCCACGAGGCAAGGCAUGGACCUGUCAGCCAAUCAGGAUGAGGAAGGGGACCAGGAAGUCUUCCAGUUGGAGAUGAGCCGUGAGGACAGGAAGUGUGCCUUCAGAACCGCCGCUGGAAAAUACUGGACUCUGACAGCAUCUGGAGGACUGCAGUGCACUGCCUCCACUAAAUCAGCCAACAGUUUCUUUGAACUGGAGUGGCGUGACGGCCGUGUGUGUGUUCGUGCAGCUAACAACAAAUAUGUGGUCGCUAAGAGGAACGGGCAGCUAGCUGCUACUGUUGACAAUGCAGGGGAGGCUGAACUGUUCCUGAUGAAGCUGAUCAACCGUCCAAUCAUUGUCCUUCGUGGGGAGCAUGGUUUCAUUGGGGCUCGUAAAGCUGGGAUGGCGACUCUGGACUCCAAUCGAGCAUCAUAUGAUGUUUUCCAGCUGGAGUUCCACAAUGGCGCUUACUCCCUUAAAGACUCCCAGGGGAAGUAUUGGUGUGUUGGAGACGACACAGCGGUGGGGUGCAGCAGCUCCACACCUGUCCAGUUUCUGUUUGAGUUCUGUGACCUCAACAAGAUGGCCAUCUGCGCUCUGGGGGGGAAGUACCUUAAAGGAGACCAUGCUGGAGGGCUAAAGGCCAGCGCCGACUCCCUGGACAGCGCCACCCUCUGGGAAUACUGAGAAAGCAAAGCCGGACUUCUCCACUAUCUGACACAAUGCUUCAAACUAUUGAUAGAUACUGUAGGUAGCUGUUUUUUUGCAUACGUGUGCCUGUGUGUGUGUGUGUGCGUGUGUGUGUAUAAUUGUGAAUUUGUCUGGAUGGAUGUUCAAAUGAAACUGAAGCUGAUAAACUGGAAGUCGUGGCACCAAAGCACUACAGGUGUUUUAUUUUUUAUUCUUUUUCUUUCUGGACCACUAUCUCUUCUUACUGGGCUUUUUACUGGAGAUUUGGAUGUACUGAUGACGUGUUGUUUAACGAAUGAAUCAUAGUGUGGUUAUUUGUUUCACUUCCAGUCAAAUUUACACAAGCGGUUCCUGAUGAAUGUCAGGAUGCUUACUGUUAUUAGUUGUGCCUAUCUGUGGUAACUACUGGUGUAAACGAACAUAUAGAAUGCUAUAACUCAUAACUUACAAUAUCUAACCUUCUUCUGCUAAAUGUUCUGCUGCCUCUGUCGUGCUGCUUUCAUCUCCUGCUCUCUUUCACACCAUAAAGCACAACACUCAUUAGAUAACUGAUUGACUGACUGAACAGAUUACUGAUUUACAUGUUUCUGCUGUAAAUAAGGCUUUCUUUGUCGCUGAAUGCUUCAAAAACAUAGUAACCAUGGAGACUUAAAGUGUAAAAGUUUGUUGAGGCUGUAAAGAAAGAAAUGGGACGUGGCUGCAGAUCUAAUAUGCUGUUCAUCUGCAUGCUACUCGCUCCACGUUUCGUUUCCUACUCUUAGAUGUGCAGGCAGACAAAAUCUGUAUAAUGACAGAUGCAUCUACAGGGAGUAGUCAAAGGUUUCCCUUAAAGACUGUAAUCCACUGCUCUGUUUAGUAUAAGGUUUUAAAUGAUACUUCAGGAGGGAACAAAUGAAAGGAGCUUUGAAGUGUACUCGUCGACUGAAGGAGCUGUCUUAUUAAGAA